AUGUCCGAUUUCAUCGGAGGUCGUGUGGGAUGGAGGCACAUCGAGUUAGUACAAACUGGCAACAAUGGUAGUGCCUCUUGUCUGAUUGUCAUUUGCAAGUCGCCCACCUCCAUCUUUCGUCUCGAGGGAGCGAUGCGCGCAGUUGUCUCUACGCUCUGCUGUCGUGGAACCGCUCCAGUGUUGUGCGACGUGGACAGGACAGCUGUGUGGCAGGUGAGCAAAGGAGAGCAACCGGGGCGGUGGGCACAGCUCACCACUCCGACGAUCACCUACCUCUCGAUGCUUCAAUGCUUGAUUUGGUCUGCACACAUGCACAACAUUUCACUCUUCUGUAUGGCUGACCUGCUUUCCAAUGUUAAAUCUCAUGGGCAGGAGGACAAGGAGUGCUCUUCUCUAAAUGCUCCGAAGAUUAGUCGAGACUGGGACGGGCUCUGUGAAGAAAUGCAGUAUGCGAAGAAUGCAGCUGACACUAUCUCAGACGACAGUAACAAGGCUUGA